AGUUUGACGGAUAUUAUUUACUUUGAUUUUUUUCCUGUUAAAUGAGUCAGUGCACGCCAAAUAUGGUAAUUUAAAGCAAAUCCAGAGCAUUUCGAAACAACCGUUGGAAGUUUUAGGAUUUCGCUGAAAGCGGAGUAGAUCGUUAUUUUUGGGAAGCGUUCAGCACAGUACCGUUUGUUUCAGUCCUGAAAGGUUUAUUAUAAUUUGGAGAAAACAUGGAAAUGUCAUUAGAUAGUAAAGAAGCUGUAAACAGAGUAUUGGAUGUACUUUAUGAGUUACCACCAGAAUUUGCUCUCCAGUACAUGUCUAACUGUUUUGAUAUUUGUGCAACAAGAAAAGCCAAACGCAAGCAAAAUAAAUUGGUUCGUUUAGUUUGCAUGCUUUUGCAGUCUGCGAUAAGAAACAAACUUAUCAAUGUACAGAGAGACCUUAAGAAUGCAUUGAGAUUUCAGGAUAAAUUAGCCACUAGAUCACCUCCUCCACCAAAAUUACCUGAUGGUUCAUCUCAUAAAUUGUUUGGUAAUUACUAUUUUACUCGAGAUGGAAGACGUCAAGCUCGUCCUCCACUGAUCCUGAUAGAAGGAACAAAAAGGAAAGCUAUUACAGCUGGUGUCGAAGAAAAUGUUGAAGCAAAAUCUGUAACUAGUCAGAAAAUUGGUGCCAUUACUCCUGGUACUCCUUAUGUAUGGCCAGAACCCUCUUCACAGCCAACCAGAUAAUUUUUUGUUACUUGAAUAUGAAUUUGUAGUAUGCUGUUAUAUGCAAUGUUUAUUUGAUAGGAAUAAAUGUUUAUCCAUAGUA